AUGAAGCUCGAAACCAUUACUGCAGAUGAAUCAGACCCUCUAUUGGACGAGCUCAUGAAAAUGAUUACGGAGUUGUAUCAUCUUCUGCAUGGCCUCUAUCCAACUACCCGCGAGGAUAUUGGCAGUAUCAGGGAGUGGUUGCAGAACAUAGCCAACUUUGCCAGGAACAUUGACUCAAAUACUAUGGAAUUCAGUGGUCUUCCGGCCAACGACGCCGAUGCUCAGGUCCCAGCCUCAGAUGGUAAGGCGGAUGAUUCAAGCCACGGCCUCGCCGGUCACGCUGCCACGGACUUCUAUCUCGAUGCUAUGACUGAACCCAAGGACGAGUUCACCUCAACCUCUAGGUCUAGCUGGGGCGAUAAGACUGGUUGA